AUGAAUCGAAUAAAAAAGCUGUACGAGCUGUUUGAAAAGAAAGAAAAUACGCCGAAGAGAGAGAAGGUACUCAAGGAGAUAGCAGAGCAUCCUAAAGGAAACCUCCUUUCCCAGCUUGUAUUUGAGAGAGCUGAUGGAAACGUUUUUGCCUCGGCGAAAAAUCAGCUUCUUCCAAUGGACGAUGCAGACGAAUACGGACCAUUGGACCAUCUCCUCGAAGCGGGCUAUUGUAUGAGGAUUCUCAAAUUGAUGGCUAAGGAGGAUUACGUCGUCAAUCUACUGAAAGAAGACUUCCGGGCAAAAUACAAUCGAGAGCCGAGCAGUUUGUCCGAUAUUGCUAGAAUUCUUUCCCACCGAGAAGAGAUCAAGAAAGAAUCCGCUGUUCCAAAGGCCGUUUUUGAAACGAGUAGGGUCGUGGAACUUGGGAGUAACUGGAUCAUUAGUAAUUCAAGAAUCAAUGGCAUAGAAGACGAAGGAGGAACACUUGGGAAUCAUUUCUAUGUUUAUAAGAUUUUACGAUCAAGUGGAAUCAGUCUCCAACCGUUGAAGCUUCCCAGAUCCUUUGAAUCAGUGUCCGCUUACUUUCUCUUUGAGCCAUUUCUGAUUGUACUAGAUCAUGGUGGUCUACGUGGAAUGGAGCAGACCUAUUAUGUCUUUAAUCUACUGGAACCAAGCGAGCCGGCAAGAACCAUCAAAAGGGAAGGUGACAUAAUGUAUAUUGAUGCUGGGGACACAAAAGAAUGCCCUCGAUACGACAGCGAUCUGUACUUCAAUGGGGAGCUACGGGAAAGUGUUCUCUUUCCAAUCAUCUACCAACCAGAUCCAACCACCUAUCAAAUUUGUGUUGAAUGCGUUCGGAUCAGUAAAUCCUCGAUCGAGGUUCUUUGGAAAGAAACGAUUAUGGAAACAGAAUUCUUCAUGAGACCGCGGCUGCACUUACUAGACCAUGAUAACUUGAUGUUACGGAUCGACCUCAGUAUUGAAGAAAGAAACAUGAUCGUCAAUGGAUGUAUCGCUUAUCAUAUUAUUCUUUCGAAAAGAAAAGUGAUCUGUUACGAUCUUCCGGAUAUUUCAGGAUAUCUGAAAUUUGGCAUGGUCGAAAAACGCCUCGGACUGACGAUCUGGAAGGCCCUAGAGAAAAUUGAAGACAACAACGAUGAAGAGACCAGCGUUGACGACUAUAGCGACGAAAGCGGCCAUGGCUUUGAUGACGACAACGAGCAAGAUCGUGGCUAUUAUGCCUUUGGAUUUUUGUCGGAAAAGGAAAGCUAUGAAGUUGUUUGCUUCUUGGAUACUGCGCAUGAACUUGGCAUCUAUCAUAAUAUGUUGAUCCAAGACGAAUAUGACAAGAAGAUGCGCAAGGGAUUUUGCGUAAAACGCCUGUUAAAGCAUCUCGACGACCCCGAUCAAGAGUAUCCUUGUCUCAGUAAAGAAAUAAAUGGUGUAACCGUCACAAAGCCCUUCAUAAAGAUAGAAAGUCUCUUUCUUGGAGAAUUCUCGAAGAAUAAAGCGAAGAAAGAAUAUCAUGUGAUGGACCGGUCCAAAAUCGCAUGCGUCACCUAUAAAAAACGAAAUGGAAUGCACUCUUCGAAAGUCGAAAUAUUCAUUUAA